CACAGUAGAGUUGUCUGCUACCGUCGUCCGAGUGGUCUUUUCAAUAACAGGAUUCAAAGGUGCUUGCAUGAUAUCACUAGGAGUCGAACUAGAACCAGGGAAACCUUACACCCAUAGCUACAAUAGCUCUCUAGGAAGGCUUCGUAUUUCUCAGGCAAUUUUGGACCCUUUUAGUCCUAACAGUGGGUAUGUUGCUGUUCACUGUAUAGUAGGGAACAAGAGUCCUGUAUUGAUAUGCUUAUUGCGCGGUGGUACCAAUAAUGAAUCAUGUAUGUUGGAUAUUGAAUUGGAGGAGAAGGAAGAGAAUGUCGUUCUUGCAAAUCGUGGCAAUAUCAGUGUGCAUUUAAGUGGUUUUUAUAGUAAGAAUAAUGGUCAAUCUGCUGGAAAUGGAACAGUGGGAAACCAUGGAGCUAGUUCUACAUCUCAAGCUGCUCGUGUGAAAACUGAGUUUAAUUCAUUGGAGCUGGGCAGAGAUCCUGAAUACAAGGACAUGGAAAUAAACGGGCGUCUCGUAAGAAGAAUGGCCAGUGAUUUGGUUAUUGAAAACAUACGAAGGAGAAGAAUGGCCAGUGAUUUGGUUAUUGAAAACAUACGAACGAGCGGGAACUCCAAUUACAAUAUAGCUUAUCAUGGGUGUAAAGUGCAAGUCCUUUACUUUGGUCAAAUAAAGAGAACCGGUCAUGUCUUUGAAUCAAAUUAUGGCAGUUGUGCUAAAUGUUUCACAUUGGGUGAAGGAGAUGUUAUAAAAGGAUUGGAGGAUGGGAUUAAUGGUCAAAAAACUCUAAAGGAUUGACUGCUUUUCUUUCAAAGCAUGGUCAAAAAGCUCGAUAUAUUGAGAGACUUCCUCAUCAAUACUUUGUCCUCCUUCUGAAUCGCUAACAUCUGGAAGAUCAUUCAACUGUUCAUCAAGAGAUUUUUCCCAGUUAAAUGCAGAUUCAAUCAAAGGACCAGAGACAGAGUUUUUCUUAGAAGCUUCAGGACUUUGAAGUUCACAAGGAUGACUCUGGGCUGGUGUUGCGUUCUCUGAGAUAAUACUCUUGUCCAUAGAGUCAGAUCGCUACAGACACAGACUUGUAAGGUAUUUGAACGUGUUUGCCUGCUCUAAUACCAAUUGAAAAAG